CAGGGGGGUAGGAGGAGGAGCCCUAGAUCCAGGCGAGGAGGUGCUGGUUGAAGGGUGGGAGGAGCAGCCCGAGUGGAGAAAGCGGACGGAGGGGUGGCCACGCAGGCGCGGGGGGAGCCCCCGAGAGCCCCACGCGGGUGCUUCCCCGAACCUCCAGCCGCGGCUUCUCACUUCAGUGCCGAAGGGCUUGGGGACUGGAAGGAGCUAAUAAAGAGUGAAUGAGCUACAGCCGCUCGCCACGGCGGCUGGAGACCUAGAGCACCCAGAGCUGUGCAAGGGGAAGGAGGGGAAGAGAGGAAGGAGGCGGAGGAGGAGGCGGAGGAGCAGAGGCAGCUCUCGCUCCCGUCCCUCCCACUCUCCCUUCUAGCCUCUCUCUCUCCCUAUUUCUCCCCCAGCUGCACCGGCAGCUCAGCUCCGUCCUGUCGAUCUCUCCCUCCCCUCACUCGCACCCCGAGUCGUCCCCUCACUAGCCACCCCCUAGCCUCGCACCGUAUCCAGGGCUCCCCCUUUCCCAACUGCCAUGGGUUAGGGUCCGGGCGGAGCGGAGGAAAAGGGAGCCCCAAAGCCAAGCACUCAAUAAACCUGCCGCUUGCUCGCUGGCUGCCGGCUCGCCAGGGCUCUCGGGGAUGGGGAGAGCGCUCUGAGCCCGCGCCCCGGGGACGGGGAAGGAGGAGACAAGCGGGGCCAAGAGUGAAGAGCAGCAGAAGAGGGGGAGCAGAAGAGAAGGCAGUGGAGAGAUGAUUGCUGAGUUGGUGAGCAGCGCCCUGGGGCUCGUCUUGUAUCUCAACACCCUGAGUGCGGAUUUCUGCUACGAUGACAGCCGAGCUAUCAAGACUAAUCAGGAUCUUCUCCCAGAAACGCCAUGGACUCACAUAUUCUACAAUGAUUUUUGGGGGACUCUUCUUACACAUAGUGGCAGCCACAAGUCCUAUAGGCCACUUUGUACUCUUUCUUUUCGCUUUAAUCACGCCAUUGGAGGCUUGAAUCCCUGGAGCUAUCAUCUUGUCAAUGUUCUGCUGCAUGCAGCAGUCACCGGUCUCUUCACAAGCUUCUCCAAGAUCCUCCUUGGUGAUGGACAUUGGACCUUCAUUGCUGGCCUAAUGUUUGCCUCCCACCCAAUUCACACAGAAGCAGUGGCAGGCAUCGUGGGAAGGGCCGAUGUGGGAGCCAGCUUCUUCUUCCUGCUCUCUUUGCUGUGUUAUGUGAAGCACUGCUCCACUAGAGGCUCUUCCUUGAGCACCUGGGGCUGGUUCCUAGGGACAGGACUCUGCGCUGGGUGCAGUAUGUUGUGGAAGGAGCAAGGUGUGACUGUGCUGGCCGUGUCAGCGGUUUACGAUGUCUUUGUCUUUCACAGACUGAAAAUGGACCAGAUUCUACCUUCUAUUUACAAAAGAAAGAAUGUGCCUCUUUUCUUCAGUGUUGGUUUGCUUACUUUUUGGGGAACUUCACUUCUGGGGGCCCGCUUGUACUGGAUGGGGAACAAACCACCAAGCUUCUCCAACUCGGAUAACCCUGCAGCUGAUUCAGACAGCAUCAUGGCUCGCACUCUGACCUUCCUUUACUUACCAACCAAGAAUCUCUGGCUGUUAUUAUGUCCAGAUACUCUCAGCUUUGAUUGGUCCAUGGAUGCAGUACCACUGAUAAAAACCAUUUGUGAUUGGAGAAACCUCCACACUGUGGCCUUCUAUACUGGACUCUUUCUUCUGGCCUACUUCAGCCUGAGGAGUCCAAGCACCAAUAGAGAGUGCAAUGGGAAAGCCAUCUCCAAUGGCAAGCAGAAUGCAAAUGGGCAUAGCUGUCACCCAGAUGCAGAGCACCAGGACUCUGAGUCUAAACCCAGCUUUACAGAGAAAGCAGAGAAUGGAAUUAAAAAUCACAUCCCUGGGCGACCACUGCUUCCUUCCACAGAGAACAUUGUUGUUCUCUCACUGUCUUUGUUAAUAGUUCCCUUUGUCCCUGCCACAAAUCUGUUUUUCUAUGUUGGUUUUGUAAUUGCAGAACGUGUGCUGUAUAUUCCGAGUAUGGGCUUCUGCCUCUUAAUUGCAGUAGGUGCCAGAGCCCUUUAUGUCAAAUCCCAAAAGCGCUUUCUCAAGAAUUUGAUUUUUUAUGCUACAGGUGCACUAAUUAUUUUUUAUGGACUCAAGACUGCCAUCAGGAAUGGAGACUGGCAGAAUGAAGAGAUGCUUUACAGAUCAGGGAUAAAAGUCAAUCCAGCAAAAGCAUGGGGCAACCUUGGAAAUGUCCUCAAGAGCCAGAGCAAGAUUUCUGAAGCUGAGAACGCCUAUAGAAAUGCUUUGUACUACCGCAGCAACAUGGCAGAUAUGCUCUAUAAUCUAGGGUUACUUCUACAGGAGAACGGUCGGUUCACAGAAGCCUUGCAUUAUUAUAAACUGGCAAUUGGUAGCCGGCCUACAUUAGCUUCUGCAUAUUUAAAUACUGGCAUUAUUCUCAUGAACCAAGGGAAGACUGAAGAAGCCCGCCGUACAUUGAUAAAGUGUUCAGAAAUUCCUGAUGAAAACUUGAAGGAUCCUCAUGCCCAUAAGAGCUCUGUUACCAGCUGCCUUUAUAAUUUGGGAAAACUCUAUCAUGAACAAGGUCGCUAUGAGGAAGCACUCACCGUGUAUAAGGAAGCCAUUCAGAAAAUGCCCCGUCAAUUUGCUCCCCAGAGCUUGUACAAUAUGAUGGGUGAAGCCUAUCUAAGGCUGAGCAGACUUUCAGAGGCAGAACGUUGGUAUGUGGAAUCCUUGAGAUCAAAGACUGACCACAUUCCUGCUCAUCUUACCUAUGGGAAACUCUUGGCCUUAACAGGCCGUAAAGUUGAGGCUGAAAAAUUCUUCUUGAAGGCUAUUCAGCUGGAUCCUACUAGAGGCAACUGUUACAUGCAUUACGGCCAGUUCCUUCUAGAAGAAGCUCGCGUGAUGGAGGCAGCUGAGAUGGCCCAGAAAGCAGCUGAGCUGGACAGCAAUGAAUUUGAUGUUGUCUUCAAUGCAGCCCACAUGCUCAGACAAGCUAGCCUCAAUGAAGCAGCUGAGAAAUAUUAUGAACUGGCAGCCAGGCUGAGACCUAAUUAUCCGGCUGCCCUGAUGAAUCUUGGAGCCAUUCUCCAUCUCAACGGCCGGCUUCUCAAAGCGGAGGCCAACUACCUGCAGGCCCUCCAGCUGAAACCUGAUGAUGUCAUCACCCAGUCCAACCUCCGCAAACUGUGGAACAUCAUGGAAAAACAAGGAUUAAAGACUUCUAAGACAUGACCCAGGAGGUUAGAAACGUCUUCUUUUUUUUGAUUCCAAGCUGACUUAAAAAAAAAAAAAAAAUGGAACAGGACUUCCAGGAGGUGGUGUGACAGAAACUCCCAAUGGACCUCAUGCUCAAGAGCAGCAGCGGUCACCAUGGCUUCAGGGAAGAUCUAAUCUUGCUUUUGGCACCAGUUAUGCCAAAAAGGGAAAUGAUGGGAACCUCAUGAAGGAUUUAACUGUCAUCCAUUAAAGAUAAAUUCAAUCGGAGCGCUUAAAGCUGAAAAUUUUGGUCUCAAAAAGGAAUCUGAGUUAGAAUUUUGCUGGUUUUCUAUUCCAAUUUUGAAAAUAAGCUUGUUUAUUCAGCACUGUGAGAGGACAACACAGCAUCCAUCUAUCUAUCCAUGGGAAGACAAAACAAAUGGUUAAGGUAGUAACCUAAGGUAUUUGUAGAGAUUAUAAUUGAUGAACAUUGCAUUUGCAAUCUGUCCUUUUGCUGCUGCAUCUCUCCUUAGGACAGGCUGCUUAUCAGUUUCAGAGGCUUACAGAACUAUUUUUUGAUAUGUUAGGAUCUGUCAGAGUUACAGCUCCUCCUUGACAAGUGCACAUCAUAUUUUUUUUAUUAUUUUGAUGUCACUAGCUUCACUAUUCCAAGCAGUGCUUCCUUUGCCUGUCCUAGAAACAAUAAGCAAUAUAUAGCUAAUCAUACACCCCCUGUAUUUGUAACAGGGUGAAAGACAUCAUAUGUAAUCCUUUUUUAAAAAAAAAAUUUCAGUGGUUAAACCAGUUAUCACUAACUUCUCUCCUGAAAAAAAUUUUAUAUCAGUGUAAGAGAUUGUUAUACUUGCUAAAAAAAUUAUUUUUUAUUUUGAAACCACUGUAUAAUUUCCCCAGAUGAAAUAUAAUAAAAAAUAAACAAAACUAUCCAUUCAAAAUUCAAUCUGAAGCAAAAACUCAGUCAUAGCAAAAUUUACAAAUCUAAUCUAAUCACAAACUAACCAGCAGCUAUUAGGGGAAAAAAAGUUAAACAAAGCAAAACAAAAAGAAUAUGUUUAGUACGACCCAGAAGAGGUUGCUUAAAAAAAAAAAAAGAUUAGAAUGAAAAGCUUGAGUAAUGAGGGCUCUUAAUUGUGUAGCACUCAAAACAGUUGGGUCUAAUAUUCAGUCAGAAGGUUAACUGUUUAUUUCUUGACUGCAUGACCAAGAGCAAUGCUGUUGCAUCCUUGCAGCUUGGAUUUAUGCUACCAAGUUAUUAUACUCUUCCUGAAUGACUUUAUAAAAACAAUUCAUUGGAGCUGCAGUACUUUGGAACUAUGGCCCAUAUUUUUCUAGGUCAUUUGCCAAAUGCUCUCCUUCCUUCAGAAACACCAUCUUUCAUGAGCGAAUUUGCCAUUCCCUUUAAUUAUCUAUUGGUGGCUACCUGGGUGCUCAUUUGUAAAAGCUUUGGCUUUUAAUAUAAAGUGUGGGAGGUCAUUGACAGAUGUUCCCCACAAGUCACAUUCUACUUUGAUACUAAAACUCAGCAUAGUAAAACUUCAUCCCAUUACAAGUACUUCUUGGAGAAAGUACUUGUAGAAUUCUAUAUGUAUUUAUUUAUUUAUUAUUUGACCAGCGUGAAAACAAAAUAAAAUAAUAAAACCUUUUGUUAAUCCAGUCCUCUACAUAUUAGAAUAGUUUUUUUCUUUGCUUUAUCUUUCAUACUUCAUUUUUAUAUGAUAACUGCUAAAAGGGAAAUGGGACAUCCAUAUAAGUUAUUGUACAUUGUCUCCAAACACCAUAUGUUUUUUGUUGUUUGUUUCUUUUUGUUUUUGACUAGGCAGGAGAGCACAGUGAAAGAAAUCAUUUUAAUGUACUCUUCUUGUGGCAUUAUUUUUUCUUAAGCUUGGUAAGGCCAAAUUGUAUAAGCAUUUUUCUAAAUAUGAGGACCCUUUCAAGGAAGAUAUGUUAAUUAUCCUGAAGAAUAUUGAGAUAAAAUGGUUUAAAAAUGAAUGACUAUCAAAUCAUAAUGUUUUCCUAAUGAGGCAUGGAAGCCUGAGUUAAAACUAAGAUGGUGGGUGGAAAUAUGUUUUUCUUCUACCACUGCUUCAUGGCAAAGUUUUUAAAAAGUGAAUUUAAUAUAAAGAUAUGAAAGAAUUCAGUUUUUAACUGUGGUAUUUAUUUAAAAUGGUUAUUGAACUUUGAUUGCUUCCUGGUCAUAACCCCUUGCUGUCUUUUUUGUUCUUCCUUUCAAAUUGUUGGUUCUUAAGAAUGUCCAUUGAUUACCCAUUAGAGUCACUCCAAGUUGACAUAGCAUCUGCAUAGCAUUGUGGACUGGAUCUGUGUCAAAAGAUGUGAGGAUAUUUAAAAAUGUCCCUGAUGCUUUCCAGUUACAGGGCUGGGCUCAAUAACUAACCAACUUUGGGGGGGUGGGAGGGAAGAAGUUAAAAACAUGAUCAACAAAUAUGUGUCUCUGCUCAGGGAUUUAUGGUGGAUUAUUGCAGACAGUGCUAAAAAUAAAUAAAUAAAGAGCACAAGACAAGUUUACUAAAUUAAAAUUUUAUUUUUUGAGAAACUGUUAUUUGUAUAAAUUAUCAAGAUUUGUAGGCUUUCCUUUUGUAGAAAUAAUUGUUUUAUGUGCCAGAGAAGAGAAAUUCAAUUUUGUUUUCAACAAUAAAGCAUUGAUAACAAA